AUGGGUUGGUUCUCAUCAUCACAAUCGCAACCUGCUCCAGCAGUACCCGAGCCCUCGAACGACGGCGGCUACAUUGCGCCAGAUCGAACAGCGCGAGCUCAAUGCUGGGAAGGGCGGGACAACUUCUUCAAAUGCCUUGACAAGAACAACAUCAUCGAUAGCGUAAGAGAAGACGAAAAGGCGAGGCAAGUGUGUAUGCCGGAGUUGAGGGAGUUCGAGAAGGUUUGUCAAGGAAGCUGGGUCACAUAUUUCAAAAAGCGAAGAGUGAUGGAACAUCAGAGAGAUCAGACUAUCAAGAAGUUGAACGCGGAAGGAGCGCAGCAGAUGAAUAUGGGCUCCAAGUGA